GCUGAGUUACUCCAGCUUUCUGUGUCUAUCCUGGAGCUGAUGGACCUGUCCGGGGACGAUACCAGGGUUUUCCGCCCGCCUCCGCCCUACUUCGCUGAGCAGGAACGGGCUAUUCCACACAGCGUGCUAAAUUGGGCCGUCUCUCCAGAUAACGAGAAAUAAACCUGGAGCGGGGGUCGCCGCUGCUCCGCUCCGCCUCCACAGCGCAGCAAAGAGAGGGCAGGCUAUGGAUGGUGUACAGGCGAGUGGAAGCUCCCUCGUCUCCUUUCAAACCAGGGAGAGUUUGCAGGGGAGAAGCACUGGCGCCGUUUAAUUCCGAGGAGGCAAGGGCGGUAUUAGUCAGCAAGUGCGGGAUGGUUUUAAUCGAAACCAGGUUGGAAUAAUAUUUACUUACACAUUUUUUUUUGGUGUUUCUAAUUUGCCCAUGCACACUGACGCAGGCGGUACUGGUGAGAUUUCCGCAGUCCUUGGGAGCCCGCAGUUGCACUGGGUUGAUGGCAAGAGGCGCGGAGACUGAGUCAGAGGCGGCAAGAAAGCAGGAAGAUCAUGGGGAAGAGCGCGCCCGGUGCGAUAUCGUGAUCCACUCUGCCGUUUUCACCGCGCUCGAAUAAUGUCAGGGAACUCAAAGCAACCGGAGGGCGCAGGCCUGUAAGGCAAAGGUAAAAGAACAGAUCAAGACUAUUUUGACGAUUUGGAGUUAGUCCUGGGCGAUUUAAAGGACGUGGCUAAAGAACUUAAAGAGGUAGUUGACCAAAUAGACCAUCUUACCUGUGACCUCCAGCUGGAGGAGGAAAUGACUGACAGCUCCAAGACUGACACUAUAAAUAGCACCUCAAGUAAUACAACUGCCUCAAGCCUCGAUAAGGUCAAAGUGCACUCAGUUAGAACAAUUUGUAAGACAACAGUGACUUCAUCAGCAAUCCUAACGGUGCUAAAGAAGACCAAUCCCCCACCUCCGCCUCCACGAUUAACACCAAUCCGAUACGAGGAUCCUUGCAAACCCCCUCACUGCGCUAACCCUCUGAGGACCAACGGGGCCUUGCUUCGAAAUGGAGCAGUAUUGUGUAAGACAGACAAAAUGCCAAAUGGAGAUGUAUGCUGUCUCCCUGGUAGCAAUCCAGGAAAAUUGCAUAAACAGCCGCCAGUGCCCAGAGUCGAUAAAAACAAAUAUCAACAAGUCACGCGGGAAAGAGUUCGAUUUAAUGAGGAAGUUCAGUACCAUGGCUACUGUCCGGAUUGUGAUGUUCGGUAUGACAUGAGAAACAUGGAUGUGCAUUUGCACGGUGAUUUGAGCAACGCAAAAGGAAAACCACCUCACCAGUGCCCUCCCCUCGAAAAUGGAGGAUCGCGCGUUAACUUUAGUACUAAUUUCUCAAAUGCAAAAGCUAAAAUCACACCUCCGCCAAUUGCUCCAAAGCCUCAAAAGACUAUUCUGAGGAAGUCAACAACCACAACAGUUUGAUGCAACGAUCUUGGAAACUUUUUUUGUACCCAAAUGAAUUAAGCACUUUCUAACCAAGCAAUAAAGAGCCAAAACACAUGUACCCAGUGUUCUCCAGAGAAAUAUCCGAGAACAAAUCAUGGACAAUGGAAGGCAACCAGAGCACUUCAGGGAAACCCAGGUGGUCACAUGGAGAACAAGCAAACUCCACACAGACAGCAACUGAGGUGAAGAUCAAAACCGGGACUCUGAUGCUGUGAGGCGUUGGAGAGACUUGCAUGAGUCUCCCUCCCUCAUUCCAUGUACAACUCCUUAGGACUGGAAAGAAAUAUAAACAUUUUGAAGAUAUGUCAGUUAUUUCUAGCUUGGUCAAAGCUGCACUAUGACUUCAAUGAAAAUCCUGACCUACAACAAGCAGAGUACAGCAGCUGACCCUGUGGAAUCGCAGUAUCAUUAAUGCCAGUGUGAUCUGGAUCAAAUCAUCUCAAGCCACUCUCUGCAUAACCCAAACCUUAAUCUGAGCAACUGCCUCAAUCCACCGUUCAAUUUGCUUCAAAUCAUAACAAAAGCCUGAAGUAAAGCUCUCAGAUUGUUUUUGUCCCCUUUUCUUCACUUCUGAUACCUUGAGAAGAUCAGUGCUAAUAUAAUCAGUUCCCAGAACAUUAAUCUCCACAAUUUCUUAGAAAACUAAUCCAGCCUUCUCAUUCCUUGAGUAAAUAAAAUGACAUUAAAUUGCUAAAGCUAUUAACGUUAAAUAAAAACUGCAAAGGUCAGUUGAUAUAUUUUUUUAUCCCGCGUGGAACAGAGGAUAUGUUUACAUGAGAGUGAAUCAAAUUGUGUGUUGAAAAUAAAAGAAGUGACAGAUGCAGUUUACUGUUCAUAGGAAGGAAUCAUUUCUCCUGUCGUCUUGCAUCUUGAACGGACAGCGAACAGAAGAAGAAAUGUCGAUGGCAAAUGCGACGUAAUACCGUCCCCUCCCCAUGUCCCACCCCCUUGCCUCCAUCACACCAGGCGAACGUUCAAGAACAUAAACCUUUUGCCGUCACUCAGAUGCUGCAUCUCCAUGCUCUUCUAGUAUUUGCACUGUCACUUUCAUUCCAGGCGAUGUUGUGUGUAGUUACUUGCACAGAUGACCUCUUGAGAUCUGCAGUCUGGCAUGCAGAAUCUUGUAGGGGUUUACCAACAUAAAGAAUAUGAUUUGCACUUGAGUUCAAAUUCCAGUGGGUGAUAUCCAUAUAUAUUAAAAAAAAAAUGUCCGUCAUUCCUUCUCCUCCUUUAUGAAAUGAAAAGGAACCUCAAAGCCGCACAAUGGACAUUGGAACAAAUUACAUUAUCUACCCGCGUAUCACAAACCAGAUCGUAUGUGGUACAUGAAACAAUUGAUGAUAUGGGACAAAAAUCCAUCGAUGUUUUUAAAAAGAAACUUUAACAUUUUCCUAGUAACAUGGAAUGCAAUUGUUAUUUUAAAUGGAAUUGAGUGGCUUUAUACAACUAAUGGAGCCAGGAAUCGGAAAGGAUGCACAGCUAUCAACGAGCGAAGCACUUUAGUCACAUUUUUUAGUUUUGUAUUUUUAUAGCCAACAUCACCUACCCUUGUUUGGCAGUCACAAGAAGACUUCAAUGUUAUUCAUCAUGCUAAUCUUUAUGUGUUAUUAUUUGCAAGCAGAUAACUGUUUUACAUUUAAUAAAUAAAACCUAAGAAAGUAAUGUAUAGAUUUUAAAUAGGAGGCUGCAAGAUAUAUUUCUUCUAUUCAUAAAAAAUGCAAACAAUGUAUUUUGUAAUUAUUAGAGUUUUGAAAUUUAAAAAGGUUAUUUUAUUAUUAAAGGCCUGCUUUAUGAUAUUAGUUAAACGCCAAGUAACAGAAAGAACAAUUUUCAUACACUUUCUUAAAUCAGGACUGCUUGUCAUAAAAAAGAAUAAGCAAAUUAUUAAAAACAUAAUAUCUAUAUAUACACUUUAUAUGAGUAAUCAGAAAUACUGUUACCAGAUAUUAUUCAUCUUUUGGUUGCUGCAUAAACAUUUCUCCAUGUUAAUCAAGGUAACCCAACAUUACUUGGUUUGCAAUAAAACUAGUACAAAGGGAA